CACGAAGACAAAGUGAAGUGAUUUCUCUCAGUUGUGGCGACCAAGUCAGCAGCAAUUCCACACUGUGACAAAAGUUAGCUGAUAAGAUGUCAGCGCAAUAAAUACAUUUCAUACUUCAACUGUCUUAGACAAAAAUAUUUACUUACAUAAAAAUAAAUCUGCAGUAGCAGUUUUAUAGCUUAAGGUGUCGCAGGCACUACUGUGUUAACUGUGUGAAACCGCGUCCACGCCCAAACUAUUGUGAAAGUGCACGAAGAGACAGAAGAGACAAGAAAUGACGCAGAAACUAAUUGUAAUCACCUUUAUCUGCUUGCUAAGCGCUGAGCUUUACUUGUGCGCCUACAUAGCACGGGAGCCGCGUAGCGCUGAGAGCGAGGAAACAGUCGUAACAGAAAGUCCAGUUGAGAACCCAGUGGAGCAUAGCUUCAUUAGUAGCGCCACACGUGCACAAUUCGAACGCGAGGCCUUGAAUGAGACCAAAAUUUUUCUCAAUACCCUAUUUCGCUCGCAAAUUGAUUAUUUCAGCAAGGUAAAGGAAUUUCUACCGGCCACAGUGAAGCGCGUAGCGGAUAUAGACAAGUAUAUUGAGCGCUUGGAGAAAGCUAUAUUGGCGGACUCCGUGCAGGAGAAGGACAAAAUGUGGCGUGACACUUUCGUUGAGUUCAGCGAAAGUGCUUUUCUGCUCAAUAAUGAGAAGGAUACUGGUGUUUCAAAUAUGCGCUAUUUGGAAAUCCUUAACGAUGCUGGUCUGGAAGAGACCACUAAGAAAUUCUUAACCGAUGUGACGAUAUACUUUUGGAAAAUGGCCAAAGCGAGCGGCAAAGUAGUGGAAUCAACUAUUGAGGAACAAAUAGAGAAAUGGACAAAGGAAUGAAUUACACAAAUUGUGAAAAUGUGUGUGAAAGAAGUCUGAAACUAAACACUUUGUUGAUCGAAGUACAAAAAAUCAAAAAUAUAUUUUAGAAAUAUCCCUUUAUAGUGUUCAACUAAUAUAAGGCAUACUCGCCCCCAUCUUCUCUCACGAUUGAUAGAAAUUCAAAAUU